AGCUACUUCUCUCUUCUUUAUCUAACAAUAUUACACAAUUUAACCAUAAUCUAUUUGCUUCUGCCUUCUCCCAUUCCUAACAUCAGAGAGCCUUCCCAUGGCUGAUUCCGGCGGAACAUCGUCGACGUUUUACGUUCUUCUUCUUCUUCUAUUUUCUUUAUUGUCCACCACUCAUUGUUUCGUUCCCGAUGAUAAGAAAAAUUGUAUGUACGCCGUCACCGUGGAAACAACUUGCACGAAAGGUGCCGACACAUCGAACCACGUCAGCCUGAGAUUCGGCGACACGAAUUCGAACGAUAUUGUCGUAAGACGUUUGAAUUCGAAGCAAGUGAGAAGGGUGGAUCCUUUACAACCUCAAGUUCUGGACGACAUGUCGAGAAAGCCGUUUCAAGCUUGUAUGGUGGACCAGUUCCAAGUGACCGGAAAAUGCGUGACGUCACCAAUUUGUUAUCUCUACCUUAAACUUGUCGGCGCCGACGACUGGCGGCCGGGAUUCGUCCAAGUCCGGUCGCUGGAGGGCCCACAUCUUAGCUCAAAUUAUUUCUAUUUCCGACGGGUAUUGCCUCGGCACGUUUGGCAUGGAUUUGACACGUGCCCGGGUGAAGUCACUCCUUUUGGCAUCAAACGCAAUAGAAAAGUUUAAUUUACCAUUGUUGAAUAGAUUUACCAAUUUCUUACAAUCUCCAUAUCCAACAAUUUUAUUUUAAAUAAAUAAUGUACCUAUUGGUUUUUUUUUUUUUUUAAUCGACCCUCUAACUUCGAGAUCACAAAUACAUUCUAUUGAUAAAGACAACUGAGUAAACCUUAUG